CCUAUGUGUAAUAUCCGCUUUACCUGUGUUCCAAAAAUUCAAUGAAUGUGUACAGGUAGAUGUUUUAAAAAAGAUAUAAAAUGAAGAGCACAGUCGUCCUUUUGGGGCUUUUAGGAUUAAUAUGUUCAUGUUUUGCUCUGGAAUGCUAUGUUUGUCUGGGACAGAGAACAAAUAAAGACAAAUGUAUAAAAACCACCAUUCAAUGUGAGAAAGAACAGGAUGCCUGUAAAACACAAAUACGAUGGCAGCAGCCCAAGUUUUGGCAGAGAGUCAGCGAGAGGUAUCACAACAUCUCUAAAUCUUGUGAGACAAAAUCUCGCUGUGAUGCUGAGGCCCAGGAGAAGGGAUUCCGAUGCAUGAGGGACUGGUAUCGAGACUGGGACUGUGUGGAGUGUUGUCAAGGAGACCGAUGUAAUUACUAUGCAACGCUGGGAGGAAGUCACACACAGCUGAGUAUUGUCCUGUUGUCCAUCGUUCUGAUUUCCCAAGCAUUGUACCAUCUCUACAGGUAACCACGGCAA